UCUACCUCUCAGGUGUUUGUACUUUGCCAUGCGCUACUUCAGCUCUCUCAGCUCCUGUAUAGUGCAUACUUCAAGAGCAGCUUAACUACAAUUGAGAAGAGAUUUGGUCUUUCAAGUUCCUCUUCUGGUCUCCUCUCCAGCAUCCAUGAAAUCAGCAAUGCUGUGCUUAUAAUCUUCAUCAGCUAUUUUGGAAGUCGCAUACACCGGCCACGUGUUAUUGGUAUUGGUGGCCUGUUGCUAGCUUCGGGGACAUUCCUUCUGACAGUGCCGCACUUCCUUUCUGAGAAAUAUCAGUACACAUCACUGGAAAAUGGAAAUACCUCUAUUCAGGAGUUAUGCACUGGGAAAAACCAGACAUUGUAUUGUUCAAGAACACAAGGCCAGAAAAUACCACAGACAAAAACCAUGGAAGCCACCAGUAUGUGGGCUAUCAUGGUUGUGGGACAACUCUUGGCUGGCAUUGGCACUGUCCCCAUCCAGCCUUUCGGCAUCUCCUACAUAGAUGACUUUGCUGAACCAAAUAAUUCUCCAUUGUAUAUAGCCAUUUUAUUUGCAGUGUCUGUGUUUGGUCCGGCUUUUGGUUAUCUUCUGGGCUCCAUGGUCUUGAGAAUGUUUGUUGACAUCGGCAGAGUUAGGCCUGAGGAUGUGAAGAUUAACCCAUAUGAUCCUCGGUGGAUAGGGGCCUGGUGGCUAGGCCUUCUCAUUGCAUGUGGAUGUUUGGUGGUAACCUCCAUCCCGUAUUUUUUCUUUCCAAAACAAAUGACGACAAGUCAGAAGUCAGCAGAGAAGAACAUUCUGAGAAAGAUGCCGGAUGCUAGUAACGAGGAAGGCUCUCUGUCCGGCUUUAUUAAAAAGUUCCCACGAUACUUUGCUCGCCUGCUUAUGAAUCCACUCUUCCUGAUCCUGGUGUUGUCACAAUGCAGCUUUUCUUCAGUCAUCGCAGCUCUGUCUACCUUCCUCAACAAGUUUUUGGAGAAUCAGUAUGGAUCCAGCACCUCAUAUGCCAAUUUCCUCAUUGGUGCUGUCAAUCUGCCAUCUGCUGCUCUGGGCAUGUUGAUUGGAGGAAUCAUCAUGAAGAAGUUCUGUAUUUCAGUUAAAGUGAUUCCCCGCUUUGCUCUGACCGUCCUUCUUUUCUCCAUCAUGCUCUGUGUUCCUCUGUUCUUCAUGGGCUGCUCAACACAAGAGCUUGGGGACAGCAAUGAAAGUACCAAUAUGACUUGUAUCCAAAGGUGUGGUUGUUCGGAACACGCUUUUCAUCCGGUGUGUGGGUCCGAUGGAGUGGAAUACCUGACACCAUGCCAUGCUGGCUGCAGUACUUACAACAUCUCCUCUACAUUAUAUACCAACUGCUCAUGUAUCAGACCAGGUUCACAUGGGGGAACAGCAAAAUCAGGAUCCUGCAUGGUCAGCUGUGCCCACCUUCUACUGCCUAUCAUUUUCCUCAUCUCAUUUGCUUCACUCAUUGCCUGCCUUUCCCAUAAUCCUCUGUACAUGAUGGUGUUAAGGGUGGUACCACAGGAUGAAAAAUCAUUUGCUAUUGGAGUCCAGUUUCUUCUUAUGAGGCUUCUAGCUUGGUUGCCUGCCCCGGCACUCUUUGGACUUGUUAUAGAUUCUGCCUGCAUUCGGUGGUCGACAUCAUGUCACCAGAAGAAAGGAGCAUGUCAAUAUUAUGAUAAUGAUCUGCUGCGAAACAGGUACCUUGGUCUCCAGAUGGGAUACAAGGCUUUGGGAAUCUUGUUACUGUGUUUCACUGCUUGGAAGGUGAAAAAAGAGUCGAGAAUAUAACUUGCAAGAAAAAGAAUGUGGCGUGGCAUAG